AUGGCUUUUGACCAACGCAUCCAGGUUCUUCGACCGAUGCGGCCAUACCCGAGAUUCCUCCUCAUGUGCCGAGGUCUUGGGUCAGUGGAUCCGGGCCCCGAGCCUGCGCCUACUGACCCCGCGAUCGUUGCAGGAUCUCUUGAUGCCUCUUUGAAGAAGAGGUGCGACAUCCUUGAGUUAUUUGAUGCCUUGCCCAAGUCGCCUUCUCCUCGACAGUCUGAAGGCUGCGAACCCUGCCCGUCCGAUCCGAGCUUGAUUGGAAAAGUCUUGCGCUUGGAACUGGGGCCUCAGUGGUUGUCGGCCACGAGGCACAAGCACUGUACCUUGCCAUGGACUGGGCGAAGGUGCGUUCUGGUGGCCUUUUGCACUAGGUUCUGUGAUCACUUGAGGCCUUCUGAAGUUUGUACUUUGCGGGAUUUGGGUUUUAACUUAGGUUCCUGCAUCUCAACAGGUGAAGCUCCGCCUCUCGGAACUCCACUCGCAAACCCAAAGCUUCAGGAUAUGCUAGUGGUUGAGCUUUGUUGCGGCUCAGAUGGCAUCAGUAAGGCGUGA